CAUCUGAUUAAGAGAGUGGCAAAUCGAUUCAGAAGCAAGUUCCGUCCUGAGGAACCAGUGAAUCUUAAUUUCCAGAUGGACCUUGACUUCCUCCAGUGCGAAGAGUUCCUUGUCGCUGACAUCAAUACAGAUGGACAGAGGCACAUAAUAUUCAGUUCCCCUUUCCAACUAUCCCUGCUGAAGGACGCUAGGCGCUGGUACAUGGACGGCACUUUUAAGGUUGUACCCAAAGUUUUCCAUAAGACGGGCCAGCUGAUGUCAAUACACGCUUUUGUGCAACAGGGCGGCCAAAAGAAACAGUUUCCUUUGGUAUUUGCCCUUAUGUCAAGGAGAAAGAAGGAAGACUAUGUGAUGGUUUUGCAAGCCAUAUUAGAACGGCUAGAUGAACCCGUUGUUGAGGAAAUUAUGCUGGACUUUGAAAAGGCGACUUGGCAGUCCAUUCGAGAAGUAUUACCCGGCAUUUCAAUCCGUGGGUGUGUCUUCCAUUGGACACAGGCAUUAUGGAGACGCGUGCAGGAACUAGGACUAGCUGCCACCUAUCGUGAAAAAAAGGCAACUCACUGGUUCAUCAAGCAGUUAAUGGCCCUUCCAUUUCUGCCUUCAAAUGACAUCAACCCCACAUUCCGGGCAAUGCAAGAAAAGGUUCAGGAAUCUCCCUCUCUAAAGUCCCUGACAGACUAUACAUGGAAAGACAGUAGAUUAACAACGCUGUAUUCCCUAUUCCAGCCUGGUCCAUCUACAAACAGGAGAUUCGUACAAACAACGAUACCGAAGGAUGGCACAAUCGUCUCAAUGGCAAAGCCGGUCAUGGAAACCUUGGGUUCUACCGCUUGAUUCCUCUGCUGCAGAAGGAGGCUGAAAUUGUGCACGUCCAGGUUUCCGCACAGGACCUGUCUCGUGAUGCCAGAAUAACCAGCACAAGGGUGGAGAAGAAAAUUCGGCAAGCUUGGUCAAACUAUGACGAUGAGAUUAUCACUACAAGCCAUUUCUUGCGAAUUUGUGGAGGUGUUUAUGGCCAUACGGAGUAAGUUUUUGAUAGUCUGAUUUUUUUCGGUGUUAAAUUCGCGUUAAUUCUUGGGAUAUUGAUGUUUGUACAUGCCGUAUUCUUUUGUAUAUAUGUAAAUAUUACAUUUCAGGUUUUUUUUUCAUUGAUAGCAUUUUCCCCUUAGAUUUUUGUUUUCUUCGCGUUCUUAACAUUUUUGGCUGUAAAUAAAAUUUGUACAAAAAAGUAAAACUUCGUAAAUAUUUACA